GCGGCGGCGCGGGCUGCGGCUGCCUCCGGCUGCCUCCCGCCGCGGGGCGCGGAGAGGAGCUGGCCGCAGCGAACACCGAACCCCGCGGCGGCGACGGGAGCAAAGGGCUGCGGCGAGGAGAUCCGUGCCCGGGAAGAAGACGCUUCGUACUUCAGGGGGUCCGUGUACGUCUGCACACACGCCUGAAGGGCAUCCUUUGGUAGGGCUGGUCUGUCAAUGAUGCCGCGAAAGGAGUUGCUGUCUAAAUGGGUCCAGUCAUGCCUCCAAGUAAAAAGCCGGAGGGCUCAGGAAUUAGUGUUCCCAGUGGAUUGAGCCAGCGUUACCAAGAUAGUGAUUUAUCAAAGGCACUUCAUGAUGAUGAGGACCUAGAUUUCUCUUUGCCUGCCAUCAGAUUAGAUAAAGGGGCCAUGGAAGAUGAAGAGCUAACUAAUUUGAACUGGUUACAUGAGAGCAAGAACUUGCUGAAAAGCUUUGGGGACUCAGUGUUAAGGAGUGUUAGCCCCGUUCAGGACAUUGGUGAUGACACGCCACCGUCUCCUGCCCACUCUGACAUGCCCUAUGAUGCCAAGCAGAACCCCAACUGCAAACCUCCAUACUCCUUUAGCUGCCUCAUAUUUAUGGCCAUCGAGGACUCGCCAACCAAAAGACUGCCUGUAAAGGAUAUAUACAACUGGAUCUUGGAACACUUUCCGUAUUUUGCAAAUGCACCCACUGGAUGGAAAAAUUCUGUGAGACAUAAUCUGUCCUUGAAUAAGUGUUUUAAGAAAGUGGACAAAGACAGGAGUCAGAGUAUUGGAAAGGGGUCCUUGUGGUGUAUAGACCCAGAAUAUAGACAAAAUCUUAUUCAGGCUUUGAAAAAGACACCCUAUCACCCAUAUUCGCAUGUGUUCAAUACACCUCCCACAUCUCCUCAGGCAUAUCAAAGCACAUCAGGUCCACCCAUUUGGCCAGGAAGCACCUUUUUCAAGAGAAACGGAGCCCUUCUACAAGAUCCUGACAUUGAUGCUGCCACUGCCAUGAUGCUUUUGAAUACUCCCCCUGAGAUACAAGCAGGUUUUCCUGCGGGAGUGAUACAAAAUGGAGCUCGAGUUCUGAGCAGAGGAAUACUUCCUGGAGCCAGGCCAUUGCCAAUCAACCCUAUAGGAAGCGUGGCUGUUGCCGUAAGAACUGGUUGGAAAUCUUUCAAAAUGAAUGGAGUAACAAACUACCGGAUGCGGACAGAAAGUGAGCAGUGCUGUGGCUCUCCAGUUGUAAGUGGUGACCCAAAGGAGGAUCACAACUACAGCAGUGCCAAAUCUUCCAACCACAGGAGUACGUCACCUGCUAGUGACUCCAUUUCCUCUUCAUCUGCUGACGACCAGUAUGAAUUUGCAACUAAAGGUAGCCAAGACAGCAGUGAAGGAAGUGAAGUUAGCUUCCAGAGCCACGAGAGCCAUAGUGAAACAGAGGAGGAGGACAAAAGGCAAAAUCGGAAGGAGACCAAGGAUUCCUUAGCUGACAGUGGGUACGCAUCCCAGCAUAAGAAAAGGCAACAUUUAAUGAAGGCGAAAAAAGUACCAAGUGACACACUGCCUCUUAAAAAGAGACGUACAGAAAAGCCCCCUGAGAGUGAUGAUGAGGAGAUGAAAGAAGCAGCAGGAUCUCUCCUGCAUUUAGCAGGAAUUCGAUCCUGUUUGAAUAACAUCACCAAUCGGACGGCAAAGGGGCAAAAAGAGCAAAAGGAAACCACAAAAAAUUAGAACAAAUCAAUGAUUUGUUUGAACUUUCAAAGUUUUGUUUCAGCACGUCAGGUGAAUUCUAAUGAUUUGUGGCAAUAUCAGCAAUUUAUUCCUUUUUUGUUUUUCUUUCUGUUUGAUUUUUCUUUUGUUUCUUUUUCCUUUUUAGUUUUUUUGGACCCUUAAGAUUUUUAUUUUUAAAGGAGAUUGAAGCCAUAGAACUCAUACUGACAUUCAGCUAAUUUACAAAAGCUUUUCAUUACCUGAAGACAAAAAGCUAACAGGGAAAACAAAAAAAUCGCCAUUGCUUUCUCCAGCUUGUCAAAAAUGCAUGGUUGAAUACACAGUGACAUCAACAUUAAUGUGAUGGGAGUAAAAUUCGGCACUUUGAAACCUCUCUUACACUAGAAGAGCGGUGCAGAAUUUGGUAAUCAUUCAGGCCUGGCCCUUAAGAAAUUGUUUUUAUGAUUGGGUUAGAAGUGAAUGUGAAUAAAAGAGGUUUGGGGGAAAGAGGAGGCAUGUACUUCUCGACACCAAACCAAGAUCUAGUGGCACUUGCAUACUUUGUGCCAUAAAAGUCUUUGGACAGCCACUGGUGGCAACUGUGCAAACCGUAAUGCACUUUCAGUGCUUCACAUACUGUAUGUGGCUCAUAAUGUGAAGACUGACAACUUAAAGUUUGAGGAAAUUUGAACUAUGUAUGCAAUGGGUUUCAGUGAAAUAACAAGAAACGGGAGGGGAGUCACUGUUAGUAGCAUCGUUAAUCAUUGAAUUCCGUCUUCUACAUUAAAUUAAAACAAUGUUCAAAAAGCCAUAAGCCCAAAGAUUGGCACUGCGUGCAAAAAAUAAUAAUAGGGAAAAACAAGCUAUGUCUUCUAAACUGCCUGAGUGAAAAGCAAUCAAGUGUAAGAAAUUACAGUAGAUACUAAAGAAGGAAAUUCAUCAGAAUCUUUUUCUGUGGAUCAAAUUCUUGAUCUGAUUGGGAAAACAAAGCUACAAAACCUGCCAUUAGUAAUAAAUAUAAAAAUAAAAGGAAAGAGUAUUGGUGAACAGCAAAAUUCAGAAGUUCGGCAAAAGAGCUCCUGCGCUGCCCUCAGAAAUGAGAGUGCAGUUGCCAUCAGUCAGGAUUCGUCUGUGCAAAAAUGACAACAGAUUUUCAGAUUCAACCAGCGUAGCCAGCAGAAGAAAUUUGAUCUGCAUUACAUGGAUUCCUUUUGGGAGGGGGUGAAUACAAAAAGCAAACCAUUUUUUUAAUUCAAAGAUUACAAAGUUCUUGUAAGGUAAAUAAUGUAUUUAGCAUGAAGCAUGAAUUAUUUUCAUAUAAAUAUAGAAAACAGAGAAAAAGGCUAUGCCUCUAAUUUUUAAGCCCUUAGGCUUAGCAUUUGGGGGGGUUAUUUUUGUUUGUUUUGGGUUUAUGGUUUUGUUUUGGUUCUUUUUUUUGUUGUUGUUGAGGUUUUUUUGAAGCAGGUGUUUUAAGGUUUAACCUUCUUCAGGGACAAACACUGACUGUUGGGGAACUUACUCUGCAAUAUUAAAAAAUAAAAUCUUCAUGCUCUGGUAGGGCUUGGAUGGUUGAAUUAUACUGCCUUGUCUGCACAUUCAGCCCCCCUCUCCCUACUUCUGUUUUAAAAAAGUAGAAAAAAAAAAAAGUAAAAGUGUGUCCUUUCUUCGUCUGUACAUGUGUAACAUGACGCAAUAAUCUGAGGGCAAAUUUAGUAGUGAGUGUGUAUGACAGAAUCAAGAGAAUAAUGGGAGGUAAUUGAGGUAAAUUAUCUGAUUUGAUUCAGGAAUAAGUAGACAAGAAAAUAGCUUUGCUAAUUUGCCAUGAGAAAAUGAAGUUAGUAAAGAGCCUUACUGAGGUGUCCAGAGGAACAAAACAGUGUUACAGAGAGAGCAAUUCAGGUACAGUGCUACUCUCCUGGUAGUGACCACUCUUAGAUAGGAGAUCCUGGCAGCAGAGGGAAGCUGUGAAAUAAGUAAGACAGUCUCUCUCACCUUGAUUUGUGAAUUUGGCAUGAAAAAUUCUACACUUAGAAUAUCCUAGAAGCAAAAAGAAAAUCCCAGGAACCAAGCAUUUAACAGAACAAAACAGUCUGUUUCUUAAAUAAACUACAAACUUGUAUUUAUCGCUAACAACUGUUUCAGGCAGCAGUUUCACUAAGACAGAUCUAGUUUAUAAAGAGUGAGUUAGAGAAGGCUUCAACUUCCCAGUCAGUGAACUAAAAAUUUCAUUUGGAGAUGCCUGUGGUGUGCCUUUGGUUAGGAAACAGCAGGACC